UUUCAGACAUUUCUAAUACGAUGCUUAUAACCACCUCUAGGUGGCAGUAGGCUAAAUGCAGAGCCCACAAGAGCGGAAGUUGAUUUGUACAGUAAAAGAAGAAGAGUGUCAACCGUUAGCUUGUUAGCUACCGCUGAUAAGUUGCUAGAAAAAUCUUCAGGACAUUAACAUGAGUUAUGCGGAGAAGCCAGACGACGUAACAAAGGAAGAAUGGAUGGAUAAACUUAACAAUGUCCACAUCCAGAGAGCUGACAUGAACAGACUUAUCAUGAAUUAUCUUGUUACAGAGGGCUUCAAGGAGGCAGCAGAGAAGUUCAGGAUGGAGUCUGGUAUUGAGCCCAGCGUGGACUUGGACUCACUAGAUGAAAGAAUUAAGAUCAGAGAGAUGAUAUUGAAGGGUCAGGUCCAAGAUGCUAUUGCACUUAUCAACAGUCUGCACCCUGAACUCUUGGAUACAAACCGUUACCUCUACUUUCAUCUACAGCAGCAGCAUCUUAUCGAGCUGAUUCGUUUGAAGGAAACUGAAGCUGCCCUAGAAUUUGCUCAGUCACAGUUAGCAGAUCAGGGGGAGGAGAGCCGAGAGUGUCUCUCUGAGAUGGAGCGGACCCUCGCACUGCUGGCGUUUGACAAUCCGGAGGAGUCACCCUUUGGGGAUCUGCUCAAUACAAUGCAGAGACAGAAGGUGUGGAGUGAAGUGAACCAAUGUGUUCUUGACUAUGAGAACAGAGAGUCAACGCCUAAGCUCUCCAAGCUACUGAAGCUGCUGCUCUGGGCUCAAAACGAACUCGACCAAAAAAAAGUGAAAUACCCCAAAAUGACCGACCUCAGCAAAGGAACCAUUGAAGACCCCAAAUAAAGACUGCAGUUCUUUUUCCAAAAAAAAAGAGGGCACUUCAUUACAGAAUGGACACAUUUACUUUUAAGCCCAGCAAGCUGAUUUGCUUACGACUUUGUUUUUUUGUAGGGAUUGCUUUUUUUAUACUUUAAUAAUAAUUCAGGUGGUUAAAAAAUGGAUUUUGUUCUAAAAUGACUUAUUACACUAAAAUUACGCUUGGACCUUGACCUUCCUUUGGUAUUGUAGUUGGCAUUUGUCAUUGUAAAGUUGAAGUUUUGUUUGCAUUAGUUUUUCUGUCUGUUGGCAGGGAAAGUGAUUGGCAUAGGCACAUUUGAAUAAAGCCUAAGUUAGGCUGACAGUGUGCAACUAUUACAUGCAGCAGGGUUUGAUCUGGAGAAAGAAAAUCCUUUUUGGUUCAAUUUGUGCUGCUUUCAUAUAAACGUGCAUCUUCUUUUAAAAUAUUAUACAACUUUCAGUUGGUGCAUCUAGUGGAUGGGAGUCUGUAGAACAUUUUACAUUGAUUUUUUUCUUUUAAGUUACUGUGAAGAUAUGAACAAAGACAGAAAGAUUUUAAAUGAAUAGUUAUGGUGAUGUUGGUGAGGGAAGUGAGAGAUUUGGGAAGUGUUAUAAAUUAAGAGGUUGUAAGCAUCAGGCCACAUGACAGGAAGUAAAGAGAGUAACCUUGAUGGUUAAUUUGCAGUUGUAGCUUUCUUGUGAAAUUUUAUGUGCUUUAUUUUUUGCAAUAAAAUAUUUUUAAACAGUG